UGCAUCAUUUCCUGAAUACUAUUUUCUAAUAGUUCAUGAACGCAUCACGUUCAAAAUGAUGAAUGUUUAAAUCUGAUUGGUCCGCUGUGAUUGGAGGCGGGGAAACUGCAGCGCACUUUCUUAACUUUUCAUAUUUUACACUUUUAUAAAUUCAUAAACUUUUACAUUUUCCCCCUCAUUGCGUCUGAUAUUUACAGAAACGUGGAAUAAUGUUUUACUAUCCAAAUGUCCUCCACCGUCACACCGGAUGUUUCUCCACUAUUUGGUUAGCAGCCACCAGAGGCACCAGGGUGACUCGCAGAGAGCUGCUCAAAGUCAAUGUCAAGCUAACAUGCGGGGACAUUCUGGGCUACGUGACAGCUCAGGUUCCUCCAUCGCAGCCCAACCUGCCGAUGCCUCGCUUCUCUCUCUACCUGUCGUCCCAGCUGCAGUAUGGAGUGGUGGUCGUCUACCACAGCCAGUGUCGCUUCCUGCUCGAGGAGAUCCAACAGACCAUCGACCGCCUGCUGCGUGCUAAGAGAUGCUCACGCAUUGACAUGGCUGAGUCUGACAGGCUGGCCCUGAAUGUGCCUGACAGCCUGUACCUGAUGGAAGAGGCAGAGGGAGCUCAGGACCCCUUCUUCGGUCUCAUGGAAUCAGACCAACUCCUCAGCCCCUAUAAAAUACUCCAGACUGCAUUUACGAGUGAAGCUGUGGGUUCACAGCACUCCCUGGUGCCCAGACCCCGCACCACACUUGACAACGAGGGUUUCAGGUCACCCUCAGUCGCCAUCACGCUGAGAGAGAAGGAGCAGUUCGUCAUCACCACUGCUGAGAAUUUCGAGGGAGAGGAUCUUCCUGAGGUCACAGACAGAGAGAUCGACUUGCUGAUGGAUCAAAACGACCAGUUCUGUAAAGAAGUGGAGCAGCAGCGGAGCAGGGAGAGAACCAGGGAGCUUGAAGGAACCAUGUCCUCUUUUGACCAGUUGAAUAAAACAGCAGUGAGAGGAGAGCGGGACAGUGUGUUCCUGCUGGAUGAGGAGUCAGGUCAAACUGUGGACGUUACUCUGGCACCUCAUGGCCUAGAGAUGACUCCACUGCGGGUUGCUAUGCCAACCCCAACCUCUGGGGCAUCUAGGACAGAAGGAGACCAAGAGACAGAACAUUCAAAUGAAGAGAUCAGGGUCUGUCCAAUCAGGAAACCUGCUGGAAGUCGCAGGCGUCAGCUGAUCUUUGCAGACCCUCAGGUCCAGAUAUCUGACAGAGCAAUGAAGGAACAGAUUGUAAAACCACUGGCCGAGACACUGGAUCUGUCGAGUGUGUUGCUGAACUUGACCAAGUGGGCCACACCUGCUCAGCUCUUCAGCGCCCCCUGUGAAUCCCUCCCUCAUGCUGACCUCCAGUUGCUAUGGCAACAGUGUGCCUUGCUCACUGCCCUGCCUGUGCAUGGGAAAAACCAAAGUGGGGAGAUGGGGGAGGAAGAGGAGGCGAGAGGGGAGUCUGAGCAGGAGCAAGAAAUACUGAGGCACUCAAGCAUGAAGCAGAUAUCCAGUGAGUCAGGACUGCAACCCGCUGAUGGCUCAUCUGUAUUAGAUGUGAUCCUGGACAUUUCCAGAGAGGACAAGUCUGUAAGCGAUGUGAUCACCCCUGUUGGGAGAUGGUCUCCGCAGGAGGACACUCGGCUCCUAAUGGAGCCUAUAGCAGAGGAGAACAUUGAAAUGCCCGAGGCGCAGACUGACACAGAGAGCAGGGACAUGCUGAGCUGGAUCUCCUCCGUCCUGCAGAGGUUUACUGAGGUCACCUUUGACUCUCUGCUGCCCCCUGAGGCUGACCGCACCACUGCAGCUCACACGCUCUACAAACUGCUUGAGCUGCUCUCUGCCAGACACGUGACCGUCCUACAGACUGAACCCUACAGCAACAUGACCAUCAGCUCUGCCUGAGACUCUGACCUCUGCAGUUAUCCACACUGAGGCCUCACGUAGACAGAAUUAGUUCCUAUGCUCGUUUUGUUGAAUCCUGUCAAUUUUUAUUCUUACACAUGACACAGUGACAAAUGAGAUCAUCAGUUCUAACACUGAUACGUUUACUUGCGUUUGUUCUUUUUUAAUCCAAUGUUUUAUAUGAAUUUUAACAUUGAGGCAUAUUAAUUAGCUUCUUUCCAGUGUUAUUUUUACAUUUUUAAAGGUUUUUAACCAAUUUUUCUAUGGUUUGGAUUUGUUCAUGUUAUGAAUUUCAACAUUUUACACAUUUUAAUGGUGUUUCCAGAUCUUUACAUGUUAUUGUUGACGUUUUUAAAGUCUUAAUGAAGUUGUAGGUUCUAUUUUGUGGUUUCUUACCUCACAAUUUGUAUCUGC